GUCUUCGAUAAAAUUACUUCUAAUUGGAAAGCAUUUUUCACAACUAAAAAGAAAUGUCGCAUUCCUUAUUCCGCUGCACGUACCAUGGCUUAAUAAAGUUCGCUAAACGACUAAUCUGAAGUAUUUCUGGAAUGCAUUACCCUCGAGUUCAGAAUUGAAAUGAGUAUCAUCCCUUCCACGGCAGAAAUCGAUUAGAUGCGCGCGGCGAAUUUUCUCUUCGUAUUCGUCAGUGGUGGACUGAAAAUAUAGACAUUCAGUGAUAAAAUAGAUAAGCCAAGAUGCCAGGCGCCAGGCAUAAAAUUCUGGGCCAUGUCCUCUCAGGGUUUUGCCAUAAGAUGAACCGACGAAAACCUAUAUAUGGGGACUGCCUGGACACCCCUCUAAAUCGCUGCCUGAGCACCUUUGACAUCACUUUGCUGGGUGUUGGACAUAUGGUUGGUGCUGGAAUCUACGUGCUGACGGGCACCGUAGCCCGCCAUAUGGCCGGACCUGCCACGGCUCUCAGCUUCCUACUUGCUGGGAUAACCUCCACCCUAGCUGCUCUGUGCUACGCGGAAUUUGGCACGAGAAUACCGAGGGCUGGCAGCGCUUAUGCCUACACCUAUGUCAGCAUUGGAGAGUUCUGGGCAUUCAUAAUUGGUUGGAACAUAGUGCUCGAGUAUAUGAUAGGUGCAGCAUCAGUAGCGAGAGCAUGGUCAGGAUAUUUGGACGCCCUGAUGGAUAAAGCAAUUAGCAACGCCACUAUCUCUAUAACUGGGGAGCUCCACGAAACCCUAUUGAGCAGAUAUCCAGACGUUUUGGCAUUCCUCAUAUGCAUUGUUGCGUCCCUGAUAUUAGCUGUGGGCGUCAAGACCUCUGCGUAUAUCAACAACGGCCUCACCAUUUUGAACCUCCUCGUGAUCUCUCUUGUUAUCUGCCUCGGCUUCUAUUACGCCGAUGUCGACAACUGGUCGGAGAAAAAUGGCGGUUUCAUGCCAUUCGGUUUCAGUGGCGUAUUGACUGGUGCCGCUACAUGUUUCUACGCUUUCGUCGGGUUCGAUAGUAUAUCGGCCUCGAGCGAGGAAGCCAAGGAUCCCUCGCGUUCAAUUCCUAUUGCCACCAUUUUGUCCAUGGCCGUGGUUGCUUUUGGAUACAUCUUGGUGGCUAUCGCUCUUACAUUGAUGGUUCCGUAUACGAGCAUCAAUCCCGAAGCUGCUCUACCUGAAGCUUUAGGAGCGGUUCACGCUGGCUGGGCUAAAUACGCCGUCGCGGUUGGUGCCGUGUGUGGAAUGACCACCACAUUGCUAGGCUCCCUCUUUUCGCUUCCUAGAUGCCUGUAUGCCAUGUCUGCGGAUGGCCUUCUAUUUGGCUUUCUCAGUGACGUCUCAAAUAAGUCCCAAAUUCCAAUCUCCAAUUUAAUCAUCUCCGGAUUUUCUUCGGCUUUGAUUGCUCUAUUGUUUGAUUUGGAAAAGCUGGUAGAGUUCAUGUCGAUCGGCACCCUAUUAGCGUAUACGAUAGUGAGCGCUGCGGUUAUAAUACUGCGUUACAGACCGACACCUUCUGAGGACAAAAUAUUUGGCCCACCACAAAUCGACUCUCCGAUCGACAGAGAAGACAGUUCUGCUACUGGUACACCAGGGACCGAUGCUGGAUCCUCAUCUUCAGAGAUGUUCGAAGCGCUUACUGUUGGGCGCCUGCGGGCCCAAUACGCGUGGCUGGAGCCCCUCGCCGGGGGCAGAGCACCCGGGACUGCUGUGACCAACUGCGUAUACGUGUUCACACUGGCGUCCAUAUGCCUGUGCGCGCAUAACCACUUUCUGGCCGAGCCGGCUGGAUUGUGGGCGCUACUACCUGACUUCGUACUCAGCUUUAUCAUUAUAGCCUGUCUGGUGAUAAUCUGGGCGCACCAGCAGAGCCCAGCGCGGCUGCCGUUCCGCGUACCCUGGGUGCCGCUGCUGCCGGCCGCCAGCGUGCUCAUGAACGUUGAGCUGAUGGUCAACCUCAACGCGCUCACAUGGGCCAGGUUCACUAUUUGGAUGACUUUUGGUCUCCUCCUAUAUUUCCUAUACGGCGUGCACCACAGCAAACUGGGUGAGGGAGUCACUGGUCUUCUGUCUCGCUCUGGCAGCGGCGGGGGAAAUGGCGGCUGGGGGGCAGUAGACAAGACGAGCUCGCUCGCCCGGCGAGUCGGCAGACUGGGGCGCGGGAAAAGCGACGACCGGAAACCGAUCAUAUGCGAUGACGAAUUAGCCAGGAGAGAGCCUUAAGUGUUGCCAGGUUAAAAAAUACCAGACUAGAAAAAUAAAACGUUUCUUUUGUUCAGGUAAAAUUUCAGACCAGAGAAAUAAAACAA